UUACGCAUCUGCUUUCAUAUCAACCCUCGUCUUCCCUCACUAGGCUCUCAAACAAACCUCACGCGCCAGAAUCCCUCUCACUGUCAGCAGCACCCGCCCCGUCUACUCGCCCUCCCGAGCAGCGGAGCACCGCUGUGGCGGAGUCCUUGACGGGGACGUGCACCCGGGUAAUAACGGCAAAACACCGCUGUUUACACGAAUGCAAGCUGAAUCUCUCCGGUUUGCUGCAACCAGGGAGGAAGACAGAUACAGCUGAAGAAGGAGAAAGAAGGGAGAGGACUGCUGACUCCAUGUCUUCGCCUUCAAAUAAAAGAUCUGGCUCUGGAUCAAGCAAGUAUGGCAUCUUUUGUCUCUCUUGAAAUCCUCUGUCUAACAGACAUUCUUUCAAAACCUUCUAGCUGUGUUGGUGUUUUGCUGUAAUAUCUAACUCUUCUAGCUGCUGUUUAACUCUUUUUAUCACAGUAAGAUCUCUGCUGCAGUUUAAUGACCUUUUGAGCUUCAAGUGCUUCAAUAAUCCUUUCUCUCUUCCGAUGCCAUCAUUAAUACAUCAGCUGUUUAGCAAUUUCAAUCUCUCUCUCUGCUGUCAAGACUUUUUCACCCUACAACUGCCAGGUUGUAUAAAAACUUCCUGAAGAGCCAGUUUAAAUGAUUUAUAAGCACGUUAAUAUACUAGGAUAUUAAACACAUACACACAAAUCUACACUAUCAUUCAAAAGGUUGGGGUUGGUACGAUAAGUCUCUUAUGCAAGGCUGCUUUUAUUUAAUUAAAAAUUAUUUAAAGAUCAAUUUAAUGCAUCCUUGUUAAAUUACAGCAUUAAUUUCCUUUUAAAAAAGGGGCAUAUUAUUAGGAAAGGCAGAAAUGACUUCAAAACAUAACAAGUUCCACCAAAUUAUAGAAGAAAUAUUUGUAAAUCAAUUAUUUAACAAGCACAUUGAUAAAGCAAUAUUUUAAUAAGCAUAUUAUAUAUAUUCCACUUUUUAAAAUGAAAAAUGUUAAUAUUUUAAACCUGAGCAAGAUUAGCAUAAGCAUGCUGGUGUCUCACUUGCUCGCUUUCUUUUAUUAGCAUUAUUUUACAUAUUGAUUGCAGUAAAAAACAUGUAAUUGUACACUUGUAUGAAUUAUACAAUGAUAAAUUAAAUAGUUACGUCUAAAAUUUUGUUUCUGCACUUAGUGUUUAAGCCAUACCCAUAUCCAAAUAACUGAUCUAUAAUAGAGAACUGGAUUGCUCAUGACAUCAUAAAAGUGAAGUCGCUGCGCCUUCAUAUUGGUAUUCCCCAAUAUUCCCAUACAUUUUAUUGAAUUAAUAGGAAAUCGUACAAUUUUAAUGAGAAAACAUCACCUAACGAGUCAGCGUUUUUAUAUCUGAAGUAUCCCUGUACAUUCUUACAACGCAAACCUCCUAAGCAUGUAAAUGGUUAUUUGUUUAAUGUCGGGAAUUUCCCCUGCAUAUUAAAAAGUUACGUGUCCUAUACAUUACCAUAGCGAACAUUAGAUGAACAUGACAAACAUCGGAUGGACAAAUCCAGCAGGGUAACUGCAAAUGUUUUUCUAACAAUGAUUUUGUUAACAGCAUUCAUUUUGAAGCAGUUAAUGAUUUGGUUAAAUUAAUAAUUAACUAAACAUACACAUUUCUCCUGGAAACUAAAAUGCCAUAGAAUUUGUGCCAUCUUGAGGAGUCUUAAGUAGAGUCUGAAAAUAGAUAUUGCUCCCUCAGGACAUAAAAUAAGACACUCAUCGUAACUUAAUCAGAGAAAUAACACUGACGUGCAUAUGCUACAAUUUAAAGACUUGAACCUUUUUUUUCCAAUAUGAUUAGCUUUGAAUUUCAAUAAAAUAUGGAACAAUAUAGUAGCAGGGUUGUAUUGUAAUAUGUAUUGUAUAUCCAAAUCAACUUCAGAUACUAAGACCAGAUAUUCAUGUUUAAUAUUUCCUGCAUAAUUACGUACAUAAAGAAAUAUAUUUUGUGUUGGAUCAGUCACCUGUGUCGGCAGUGUGCAGUGUAAACGAUUUCAAUAUAUUGCUUGUCCUGCCCGAAAAAAAAACAUAAACAUUGCAGAUAACAUCUAAAGUAAAAAUUUAUUGACAUACAAAUAUCUUAAAAACUAAUCCUGUGUGACUGAUACUCUUCAAAUCGGGUGAUUUUAGGUCAGUGUUUUGGCUGUCAGUCAUUGAAGCUCUCAGCCCGAUAGGGAAUAGUAAGAUGGCGGCUCGAACACUUCCGGUGACUUCACAGCUGAAUGGCAGUUUAGAACACGAUGAGCAAUCCAGUCAUAUAUAUAGAUCAGUGGUCCAAAUAUAAAUAAUUAUGUCAUUUCAAAAUAUAUACCAGUAGCUGCAAUGAGUUUUAAUGGUAAUUUUGCAGUAGAGCCCAGCUCUGUGCCUUUUUCUCAUCUCUGUUUCCUCAGAUUCAACCUGCUGAAGGCCCUACAGCCUAAGCACCGCUUGCAACAAAUGCUGUCGUCUCCCACUGCGUCCCCUGUUUUUGACUAUUGCAGGUUUAUAGAGCUAGACUACACACCCAUGGAGUCAGGCAUUAUGGUCUCUAUGAGACAGAGCAGAGGAUUUCUGACACCAAAGUCCCCGGAACACCACUGUCGGCGGAGUCCAGCACCUGUCAGUAACCGUGAUCCCUAUGGAAAUGCCUCUCUCAGCAGCAGUAGCAAUUCAGGGUCAUGCAAGGGCAGCGAUGGAAGCCCGACCCAUAGGCAUCACAUAAAAUACACCUCCUGUAAUGACAACCAUGGUAUCCGGCCCCCUCCACCUGAGCAAUACCUUACCCCACUGCAACAGAAAGAGGUGUGUAUCAGACACCUCAGAGCACGGCUCAAAGAAACCAUCGAAAGGCUGCAGGACAGGGACACUGAGGUUGAUGAGUUGCGUACUCAGCUGUCUCGUAUGCAAGAAGACUGGAUUGAAGAAGAAUGCCACCGUGUAGAGGCCCAGCUGGCUCUAAAGGAGGCACGCAGGGAGAUCCAGCAGCUUAAGCAAGUUGUCGAUGUUGUCAGAUCCAGUCUGGGAGACACCGACACUGGAGUGCAAAAGUGCUUCCAAGACAUAAAUCUCCAGAACCACAAGCUGGAGUCUUUAUUGCAGAGCAUGGAGCUGGCACAGAUCGGGCCCACCAAAACAGGAGAAACCCUGGCAGGUGGAGGGGUGGUGGGGGCAGGGCUGGAGGUCAGCGAGGGCCUGGUGGAGUCUUCCGAAGGCUCCCCAGCUCGCUCGCUUACCCGCAGCUCUACCUACACCAAGCUAAGUGACCAGACUGGCCAGGAAUGUGGUGGUAAUGAAAAUGGGUGUGAUAUUCCAUGUUUGUCAGGCGAGGGCACGCAGGACAGUGGGUUUGUUUGCUGUGGAGACAGUGGAAGAGGAGCAAGCAAGGCAGAUCUGCUUCUGGAGGCUGAGUUUCUGUCCCAAGAGACAGCCUCACUGCUCAAUGCGUACUCCCGCCUGCCACACUCCUCCACCUACGAUGCACUGUGUAACAGUGAGCCUAGAGUUAUGCCUCUCCGCUGCAGUGGGAUCGGGACAGGGACCACUGUUAGUGUAAGUCAUCCAUGUCUGUCGCAUCAUCACCUAUACCUGCAUCACCUGCGUGAGCAAGGAAUUCAAACGGACUAUGAUCAUGCCCCUGCUUCGGCCCCUGCCCAUGGUCCCAGUACAUCCUUUAACUCUGAUCUAGACACUAUUGCUGAGCGAACCUUCCGCUCUCAGGCCUGCAGUCCAACCUCUACCUGGAUGUCUGACGAGGGAGAUGAUCUGGAGUCAGUAGCCACAGAAUCAGCCAUUACAGCAACAGUUGCCACAACUUCUGUCAUCACAGACUUUUCAACUAAGUCUGCACCAGCUGUUGCAAUAGAGCCUUGGGCACCAGCUGCAUCUGUUCCAAAAGUACCUGUGACUUUAGCGUUGAUCCCCAUGGAGUCCUCUGUCAAGGAGACAAUUGAUUCAGAGCCCCUUACAGUCUUACCAAUCACCACAACAGCUUUGACCACAGAGACCAUUGGAUCCCAAGUAACUAACUCUGUUCAACCUCAACCUGUAACAGACCCUUUGCCAAACCCUGGCACCUCCCCUUGCUCCGUGCAGCCAUCGGUUGAGACAGAAUUGGAGCCCCUUCCACAGACCACUCAGCCUCGUAGUGUACUAACAGAGGCUGGGGUUGAAGGGGAUCAUGUCAUAAAUAUAGUUGCAGAUGAUGAUGAAGAUGACGAUGAUGAGAGUGCUACGAACACAGAGUCCAAGUCAUCUGGCUGCGGUUUACCAGCAAAGAACUACUGGAGCCGGCACUUUCUAGUGGAUCUGCUUGCGGUUGUUGUGCCAGUGGUCCCAACAGUGGCGUGGCUCUGUCGGGGUCCACACCGUGUUGGUCAGCCAAUAUACCAUAUUGGUUCUCUAUUGCGGGGUUGCUGCACCGUGGCUCUUCAUUCUCUGCGUAGAGGAGGAGGCCUUCGGCACUACCCCACAGGAGGAGUUGGUUCAGGGGGGACGAGUAUAUGAGACCAGCUCUUCUCUCAGGGGAAGUGCUGAAGCCAGUGAUAUCACUGUUCUUCUGUCAAAUGUGCAAUUAGGGGGUGGUUAACACAUGUAAAAUGAAUCGAGCCAACCAGUGGAAGGAUAGUAUCUGAGCACAGCACCUUAACGCUGUGGUUCUCUAUGGUCUAUUAUCCAAGACAAGAUAAGAAUGAGGAAGGGGAAUCACUAGCAUGUAUUUACACCAACAAAUAAGAUGCUCAUGAAGUUCAGGACUUCAAGUGAGCUUUCACCUUUUUCCACAAAUACUACCCUGAGUAAAGAGGAGGGAUAAAGUGUUCUGAAUGAUGAACUGACACAAUGACAUUAACUCAGCUUUGUGAGUGACACUACAAGAUCCCCUUUAAAAUGAUUGUAUUACCCUUAUUUAGAGUGAAGAGACACAGUAAGUGAUGGAAAGAAACUGUACUUUUGUGCGUCCCUCCUACUGUCACUGCAGAGGGUGUGUUGUAUGUGUAUGUAUUUAUUUAUCUGAGCGAGUGUUGUGUUGUGUUAAUGUACAGUGCAGCCAAAGUACCUGGAUUACUAAUGGCCAUCAUCGUUAUAGCCGUGAGUGCAGUAGUUAGCUGUCCCAUUACUUGUGCCUGUGUGGCAUAAGAGCAGUCAUCUUUUCCCCUUGAGGAGCCAAACAAGCACCUGCUAAGCUAUUUAUAUGCUUUGCAUAUACCACUAGUGUCCUAAAUAAAUGCUGUCACAAAAUGAUACUUAGUCCAUCUGGAGUCUUUUAGACAAUGUAUUAUUUAUUUUAUGAUCAAUUAAGUGGGGAAGUUUGAUGGUUGAGAAAUGUUCAGUAUUGUUGAAUGCUAAAUUGUGUAUUUAAGAAAAGGGUAAUGUAAUAUUAACAGUAAGAAAGAUCCAGCAUUUAGACAAUGAUCAGGGUUAAAUGACUUUAAUAGGGUCAUAGGAGCUUUUUCACUAGAUUCAUUUUAUGAUUUUGUUUUACUGUGUGAUUUUUCACUGUGUGACCAUCAAAAAACUGUCAAAGCCAAAUGUUUGUCAUAGCAAAAAUCUUAUCUUUAACAAUAGGUCUAAUUUUCAUGUCCACUGUUAGACUAUGUUACAACCGGUUGUGCUUGGCCUGCUACAUGCGGGGCUCUAACUGGCAACAGCCAGCAUGAGAGUUGGGACCGCUAAAAACAAUGCUAAAUAAUGAAACAUCUUAACUUAAUUUUGCAUUAAACCCUGCUAAACAUUAGUUGAUAUGCUAAUAUUAUUAAUAACACUAAUACUAAUAUGUUAUUAAAGUAACUAAGUUAUUUCUGAAAUACUAUGUAAUACAAUUCCACUAAAAAGAUCAAAUAAAAGCAUGUUUUGUAUUGAGUUACUUGGUAAAAAAAAAAAAAAAAAAGGUGAAUACAAAUUGAUGAACUAUCUAGGUUUAAAAAUUAAAACAGUGAAAAUAAAUUAAACAUUUACUGCAUGCAGAAACAAAUUUUAUGUAAAAAUUAUUUGCUUUCAGCUUUUUCCAAACAUUUGGCCAUGACUUCAUGUUCCCUAAGAUGUUCAUGUUGACCAUUUAUUUCACUGACAUUUAAUGACGUCAAUUGCACUAUAACUCACUUUAUAAGCAAUUACUUGAAGUAUACUUGAUUGUGAGUUUUUGUCUGUCCAAAGGCCAAUGCAUUCAUGUGUAUUUGUGAUUCAGGGUUAGAUUUCACAGACACCACCAUUUCAAAGAAUCAUCACUGAUUCAUAAAUUCACAUGAAUAUUUAUAAUUUGUAUAUAUGUGACAGCUGGAUUGAUUUGCCAGUCAACAGUGUACCAGAUAAUGAUCACUAAUUGUAGUUAUUUGUGUCUCACAUAUUGUCUUAUCUUCUGUCCCUCUAAAUCAUGAAUAGCCGCUGCCUUUCUGUUUACCUCCACCCUCUGAUAUUGUGUGCAAUAUAUGCAUUGUGAUAUAGGCCUUAUUUGUUGUCUAUUUGCAAAGUUCUCAUUUAAAUUAUUUACUGCUUUCUGUUGUGCAGAUUUGAUGUGGUGUCUGUAAGUUUUUUCAGCGUUUGAUAUUAUUUUUAGCUGCUUGACAGUCUUAAUUUGUGCUUUAUGUGGUGGCAGCUGUGCAUAUAUGUCAUUAAUUUAUAGUCUAGUCAAUGCACUUUUUCACCUCAUUCCAACUGAGCACUUAUUGAAGAACCUUACAGCAGAUUUAAAGAAAUGAAGGCAUAUAUGUUCCUGACUUUUAUGUUUUUGUUUUCUUUUUUGUUUUGUUUUUAUUGUCUCAUGUUUGUUGAAACUAUGAAUGUGUGGCUUUCAGAUAGUUUUAUCUUUUCACUUGUCAGAAUAUGUAACUGAGCUAAAAUGAGAUUGUGAUCAAUUGUUACCCCAAGGGUAGGUUUCCUCCAAACAGCUAUUGUCUGUCAAUGAAAUGUAGGUAAAUAACUAUUGCAUUAGUUAUUUGGCCAUGUAAAUGUUUUAGGCUGAUAUAAAGCUUUGUAUACCUGUUGAAAUGACACAUAAGGCCUUGAUAAGAUUUUCUUGAAUAGUUUGAAGCCAUAUUACAAGCAGAGGUGCAUGUUGGCCCUAUAUACUGGUAAAUUUGAGUAAUAUUUACAUUUUGUCAUAUAUAUUGUCAUAUCACCGUUUUGUUUUUCACUUUGUAUGAGUGUGUGCAAUUUAAUGCGAGAAUUCAUGUUGCAGUAUCAGUUAAUUUUUCUUUCUGCAUUUGAAUGGUAAUUAAUAAUCACAGAUUAUUUGCUGUAAAGCUUCCGAUCCACCAUCAGGAAAUCUAUAGAUCUUAAUAAAUGUUAGUUUACUAAAAGCCUAAAACUUUUAUUAUUUUCUGAAGUUAACAUGCUCUCCCUGAAAGACUGCAUUGUGUCUGAUAAUUGUAACAAAUUGACAGUUUUUCUCCAUAUACCUAGUUUUUGAUGUCAAUGUCAACUGGCACAAUUUUUGUUUAGAAUGUACUUUUGUAACCACAAAAUAUCUUGUAACAGAUGCAUCUCUUGUUGAAUCAUUACUCUCCGAUAAUACAUUUUAAGGUAAGCUGGCAAUAAAUAAUUUGUUUCUUUACUAAUGUA